AUGUCUGCAUUAUUGAGAGCAUUGCCCCAAGUCUCUAGGACUGCCUUGAGAGGCCGUCUAGUUACUCCAAUGACAUUGAGAUUGUAUGCAUCUUUCCCACCUCACACUGUGAUAGGUAUGCCAGCGUUGUCUCCAACGAUGAGUCAAGGUAACUUGGCUGUGUGGUCUAAAAAGGAAGGUGAUUCCUUGGCUCCUGGUGAUGUCCUAGCCGAAAUUGAGACCGAUAAGGCUCAGAUGGACUUUGAGUUCCAAGACGAAGGUUAUCUGGCAAAGAUUCUGGUCCCAGCCGGUACCAAGGAUGUUGCUGUUAGCAGACCAAUUGCUGUGUAUGUUGAAGAUGAAGCAGAUGUUGCUGCAUUCAAAGACUUUACAGUAGAGGAUGCUGGUGGAUCUCAGUCUUCAUCCGCUCCGGCAGCCGAGGAACAAAAGGAAGAACCAAAGAAGGAAGAAGUGAAAGAGGAGAAAUCUGAGAAGAAGGCUGCAAAGUCUAAUUCUACACCCUCUUCAGUUGCUUCAGGUGACAGAAUCAUUGCCUCUCCUCUAGCGAAGACUAUUGCUCUAGAGAAAGGUAUUGCUUUGAAGAGUGUCAAAGGUACUGGUCCUCGUGGCCGUAUCACUAAGGCCGAUGUCGAGAAGUACUUGGAAAGUGCGCCAAAGAGCACUUCUACUGCUGCACCAUCGGCCACUCCUUCUACCACUGGAGGUGCUUCCUAUGAAGACUUGGAGAUUACUAAUAUGAGACAAAUUAUUGGUGACCGCUUGCUACAAUCCAGACAAAGUAUUCCAUCAUACAUUGUUUCAUCUGAUAUUUCUGUCUCCAAGUUAUUAAAGCUAAGAAAGUCCUUAAAUGCUACAGCCAAGGACCAAUAUAAGCUAUCUAUCAAUGAUAUCUUGAUCAAGGCUGUCACGGUAGCAGCUAGAAGAGUACCAGAUGCUAACUCUUAUUGGCUUCAAAAUGAGGGUAUCAUCAGACAAUUCAAGAAUGUCGACGUCUCUGUUGCUGUUGCUACACCAACUGGUCUUUUGACUCCUAUUGUUAAAAAUGCAGAGUCUAAGGGCCUAAUUGAAAUUUCCAAGGAAGUCAAGGAAUUGGCUUCCCGUGCCAAGAUCAACAAGCUUGUACCAGAAGAAUUCCAAGGUGGUACUAUCUGUAUUUCUAACUUAGGUAUGAACCCUGCAGUAUCAAUGUUCACUUCUAUCAUAAACCCACCUCAAUCCACCAUCUUGGCCAUCGGUACUGUAAAGAGAGUUGCUGUCGAAGACGCUGGUGCUGAAAACGGUAUCGCAUUCGAUGACCAAGUCACAAUAACAGGUACAUUUGACCACAGAACCAUUGACGGUGCUAAAGGUGCUGAUUUCAUGAGAGAAUUGAAGACCGUUAUUGAAAACCCAUUGCAGUUACUAUUGUAG